AUGGAAGUUAUUCGGACCCUAUGGCCCGGCAUGGCCAAUGGAGCCGACAAUGUCCAAGCGAAAUUCCGACUUGAAAUGUACCUUUUUACCGUUGAAUAUGCUUAUUACAACCUAUUCCCGGUCUUGGCUGCUGUAGAGGACGAUGCUCCUGAAUCAUAUGAAGCAGUGGCGAAUAAAGAUUCCGUGGAAUUGGAAGAAUCCGAAAGAAAAAAGACCGUGGGAAUAGAUGAAGGCUUAGCGCCGCAACCGAAGCCCAUCACUUCGGGCCUUCGUUCUACCUGGCUCCAUCUACACUCCGUUGGCGGGAAGAGACCUCUCCUCCGAGGUGUUUGGUGCUGGAUAGUCCUUUUGUUCGCCAUCUUCGUAGUUACCUCCCGUCUCAGCCGCAUCCCAUUCAUACCCGCCGCCGUCGCCUGGCCUAUCGCUUCCAUGCUCACCUUGCCUCUGUACACUACCUGGACACAUAUCGUCAUCACGGAGCUUAGCAAUAAGCCUUUAUGGCACCGCCUCCCCCGCCUCGGUCUCGUGUUCCGCGCCGGGGCUCGAGCAGCCCUGCCUUACUUCCUUAUCAGGGCGUGCGAGGACUACGUCGUUUCAAGCGUGAACACGGGCAGUAUUCUGGGCUGGCUGCUCUCCCUUAUAGUGAAGUUCGUUAUCUGGGUCUGCGUCGUGAUACCGACACACGCGGUCUUCAUCCGCGUUCUGGCAUCCUUGCUUCCUGAGGAGGACAGGGCGACUGUGCUACUCCACCGCUCGAUAACAUCCCACAAGGCCGAGGGAAAGGAGUAUUUGUCCACGCUCGACGCUUGGAGGUCCUUCUCGCGAGUCGCCUGGAAGAGGCUGUUUAAGUUAUAUGUUAAGACCUCUGUAGUCGCCUUUGCGCUAGGAGUUGUCAUGGCUGUGCUUGCGGCCGCUGAGUUUUUCCUGAUGAACUGGAUUACCUAUGCCUGGAAGUGGAUUAUGCCUGGAAAAUGAAGAGCAUUACUAAUAAAAAGGCAUUCGUCGGCUGCCUGUACUCGCUGUCCGUUAUGUAUCGCAGCCUAUUCCUCAAAGGCAUGGUCAAGACUGUGUUCUACGAAGAUAGAAUUGAGUAUAUAAUAACUCAUCUGGCGCUGGGAUUGUUCAUGAAUCCUAGCGCGGCUUCAUCCCAUACUAAUUCCCAAAUCCCAUACUGGUUUGGCCAAUGCUCGCACGGAGUGGUCUGAUUGCUUGUGAUCCACAAAGGGAGAUAUAUAUACCGCAACAAGGUUUUAAGUCAUUAACAAUCUGUUACUAGAUUGAAUCUAAUGGCCGGAGUGGCAUGGCGGUGCUUACAAUUGGUCUCAUUGCUAUGGCUCUAGUUUCCCUGGUGAGCGCCUGCUCGAGGGUUCGAUUCCC